UCUCACUUGCUCCAUUGACCUGCUUACGCUCCUUCCGAUUUCCAAACUAACUAUGGUUAGUUAAUUUCCCCCUUCCUUCCUCUCUGGAACGGGCCUCCUAGGGUUUGUUCAUUUCUUCCCGUUCUCAUCCAUCCUCUGAACCCCACCCUUCUUCUCUGCCCUCUCUCUCUCUCUCUUUCUCUCUCUUCCUCCCGCCCCUUUUCUCUCAUUUUCUUGAUUUUCCCUCUCUCAAACCUCGCUCUUACAUUUUCCUUCUCUCUUUUUAGCCCUAAUUGCCGCUUCUCUCUCUGCCUCGCCAAUUCUCUCUCUACAGGCAAACAAAGGUCGGAUGGCGCAGUUUUUGUGUUGGUGGUCCAAGGGGCCUGUACUCGUACAGGGGGAGACAGCUCUAAAUUAGGGUUUUUGGGGAGGGAAGGGGUGCUCUUGCUGGGAUGGUGGGUGAAGAGAGAGAUGGUAAAGACCAUCAACUCCCUGCCCGCAAAACUUUCUGGCGUUCUGCCUCGUGGUCGUCCUCCCGCUCUACCCCUCCCUGCCCCCUCUCCCUCGACCCCAACGUAAGGCGCUCCCACAGCAACAACAACAACAGCAACUGCAAAGGUCGCUCUCUUCUCCCCCCGCUCCAACCCCUCUCAAUCUCUCGCAAAUGCCCCGACGAGUGGCCCAAGGCUGGCUCUGAUGACCUGGGUGAGUGGCCCCAACCGCAAACACCUGGCGCCCCUAAACCUUCUGAACCUAAUCGGCCUGCUAAGGCUGAUUUUGAGCUUCGCCGGGAUAAAUUGGCCUUCUUUGACAAGGAGUGCUCCCGAGUUGCAGAGCAUGUGUACCUUGGCAGCGAUGCCGUUGCCAAGAACCGCGAGAUCCUUAGGCAGAAUGGUAUCACGCAUGUCCUCAACUGUGUUGGCUUUGUCUGCCCGGAGUACUUUAGGUCGGACCUAGUUUACAAGACUCUGUGGCUCCAGGACACACCCUCAGAGGACAUCACCAGCAUCUUGUAUGAUGUAUUCGACUACUUUGAGGACGUGAGGUUGCAGGGGGGGCGGGUGCUGGUGCACUGCUGCCAGGGAGUGUCCAGGUCGACGGCCCUUGUGAUUGCGUACCUCAUGUGGCGCGAUGGCCAGAGCUUCGAGGAUGCCUUCCAGUUCGUGAAGGCAGCAAGAGGAGUCACCAACCCAAACAUGGGCUUCGCAUGCCAACUCCUCCAAUGCCAGAAGCGUGUGCACGCUGUGCCUCUCAGUCCCAAUUCUGUCCUACGCAUGUAUAGAAUGGCUCCUCACUCCCCUUAUGAUCCAUUGCACCUGGUGCCGAAGAUGCUGGAGAGCCCGGUGGCAUCGGCCCUUGACUCGAGGGGUGCUUUCAUCGUGCAUGUGCCAUGGGCGAUCUAUGUGUGGGUCGGGUGCGUGUGUGAUGAUGUGAUGGCAAGGGAUGCAAAGGCAGCUGCAUUUCAGGUUGUGCGAUACGAGAGAGCAAGGGGCCCAAUUGUUGUCAUUGAAGAAGGAGAGGAGCCUGCUGAGUUUUGGGAUGCACUCUUGAGAGGGCCAGUUUUGGCUGAUGAUUCAGACUUGAGACCAACUGUUGGAGAGGGUGUGGCUUUGUCAUCGCAGAGGGAACAUGUAGAAAUGGUGAAGAAGUUCCCUAUGGGGGCGAAGAAGGUGGACUCUUAUGAUGUGGAUUUUGAGAUAUUUCGGAGGGCAUUAACAGGCGGUUUUGUGCCUCCAUUUCCAUUAUCAGGAAAUGGUUCUGAAACCCGGCUUCCAGAGAGAGAAAAUGGGUGGGGCAAGCUCAGGCGUAAGUUCGUUAGCGGGAAUGUUAAAGAGUUGGGGUACGGAUCAAGAAUGAGCAGGUCACUAGACAUUGAUUCCUGUAAGGAAGAGGAUGAACAGUCUCUCUCUGUGGAUCCCCUUUCAUUGGCUUCGCCGCCCUAUCUGUCACCGAGUUCCUUCUCUACAGAUUCAAGUUCAAGCUUGAAGGCUGAUAGUUCGAAGUCACCCUCACCCUCUGAGUCUUCUCGUUCAUCGACAGUGUCUCCUGCUUCAUCGAAUUGGUCUGAUUAUUCAUUCCUUUCUUCGCAGUCCUCACCUACGAUAUCAGGUUUAGUGGAGCCUCUUGCUUCGAGGCACCCUCCAAAGCCUAUUGCAAAGUCUGCUUCUCUUCCGCCAUCAAAAGGAAACCUCCUAUCUCUUGCAGCGAGAAGGGGAAGCCUUUCUCCGCCACUGAUUUUGCCUCAAUUGAUUGAUGAAUCUUCUCGGUGUCUCUUCAGGGCAGAACGCUCUCUUUCUCUCUCCUCUUUUGAGGAGGACAUGCCAAAUAGAAGUUGUCAGUUUGAUUUCAAAGGAUUUGAUAACUCUAGGAGAAGAGAUUGGGAUUUGGGAGCCAAAGAAUUGGGUUCCAAUGGAGACCAGGUGGUAGGUUUGACUCAUCAGAAAGAGUUUAGUUUAAAUCUAACAACACCAAUAUUAUUACGAUGGCCUGCUAUCGAAAAAGUCGAAAGAUUUGAUAUGGGUUUACUUGAAUCAAUGAUGGUAUUUCUUUUGUUAGUUCCAAAUGUACAGUCAGGUGAACUUAAGCCUGAGUUGCUGUAUGUCUGGGUAGGACGUGACAUUGGAAAUGUUAAAGAGGAGUUUCAUUCAACUAGUGACUGGUCUUCAUGUCACGAGGGUGAGAUCAAUUGGAAGGAGGUUGGCUGUAGUUUCAUCACUCAGAUGGGAUUCCCAAGAGAGAUUCCUGUACAGGUAGUCAGACAGGCAGAAGAGCCAGAGGAGUUUCUUAACCAUCUCAAGUCUCUUGCAUCGUCAAGCUCAUGAAAGCAGCAUGGCAUGAAGACAGAAAACGAAACAAAAUGCCGCUCUUGAGGAUCGGCGGGGCCGUUCUUUGUCCUUUUUGCCUGUUUCAUUUUGAGCUCACAGGGGUAAUGUAUCUUUCCUAUAAUAUGCUUUAUUCUAGGAACCCUGUGGGGCCCAAACAUGUACAGUUUAGCAGUAUUCAUAGACCUUAUGUAGGACCCAGCUGAGAAAGAAAGAACAGGUCACUGAUGUGGAUUAAGAAAAUUGGUAAGCAAACAAGGCAAAAAUUGUUGAAUAUAUAGUGGAGUUGAAAGCGAAAGUCUUCCAAGUGUAAGGAGAGAACCGAUGCCAAAGUGGUGUCGGUGACUGUUACUCCAACAAAUCAGAAUUGUAGUUAUAUUCUAACUUCAUCCUUCAUCCUUCAUCCAUUUAAAGAAAUGCUUUCUGCCUCUCUUUGAA